UUUCAUGCCUACUCCUGAUUCGUUGUGUUUUAUAGUAAUGUACUUAUUGUGCUUCAACUUUUUAAAAAAAAAAUCUGAAUAUCUUACUGAUUGUAGGUUGAUAAGGAUGACAAGAAAGGCUUCUCUGAUAUUUUAUUGAUGAUGGAAAAAAUGAAUGGGAGUAUUGUAGACAUGGGUAAGAAUCUGAGUAGUAGGAUUGAUGACUUGGAGAAUACCUUUGACUCACGGAUUGUAGCAGUCGAGACUGAUUUGAAGGAACUGAAACAAGCAAAACCAGCUUCAAUACCUACUGCCCAAGUCGCCAAUUCCAUCAACAAUGAAGAUGAAGGUGCAUCGAGUAAAUCUCCUGCAAGUUAUAGUUUGUCUUGGAAAGUAGAGGAGAAGCCAUCUUCAGUGGAAGGUUUGCCUGUUCAAAGAGUGGUGAAGAAAACUUAUACUGUUCAGAAGAAAGUAAAGAAAGAAGGUGAAACAUCUGGAGAUCUUCUCUUAAUUGAAAAGAAAGAUGGUUCAAAGGCUGAGAGGAAAAAGUCUGAAAAGGCUCCGCUGAAAGAAGAAGCUACAGAGGCUGGCAAGAUAGGAGUCUCAAAGCCUCUGGUGAAAGCUGCAGUGAAAGAAAAAGCUGCUAAGAACCAGGGUUUGAAGGCUGUGGUGAAGAAAGAGGCUGUUAAGAAAGACGGUUCUAAGGCUGGUAAUAAGAUGAAGAAGAAAUCUACUACCCAAGAAGACGAUGUUGUAGAUAUCACUGACAAAGUUGAAGAAGAAGCUCUGAAAAUGGUUUCAAGUUCUGAAGACACAUACUCGGAUCCUGGACUGCAGAAAGCUAAUAAGGAACUUGAUGCAACAUUGACAGCAAUGGUAGAGAAGUUAAAGGAUCUAGAUGAGGGUGUUAAUGUGGGAAAAAGAGUGCCACAGUUGGCUGGUUCUCAAAAGUACCCGUUUCUUGGUAACUCUACAGUGAAGCGCAUCAUUACGGAUGGAGAACCUUCUUCCUCGAUACCUGAUCACAUGAUGCAUGUUUCUGACGAGAAAAUUCAUCAAUUGUAUGAUUUCCUAGAGACAGAUGACGAGUAAGACUUGACAAUUAAU